UUUCCCAGCCACCGCGGCGCCAAGAGCGGAACCGGGAAGCGCGAAGAUGGCGGUGGAUAAGGAGCUGCUGGAGCGGGACCUCUACGGGCUGCUGGGGAUCGGCGAGAAGGCGUCCGAGAAGGAGGUGAAGACAGCGUUCCGGCAGAAGGCGCUCACCUGCCACCCGGACAAGAACCCCGACAACCCCCGGGCAGCGGAAAUUUUCCACCAGCUGUCCCAGGCCUUGGCCGUGCUCACAGAUGCAGCAGCCAGGGCAGCCUAUGACAGGGUGAGGAGGGCGAAGAAGGAGGCUGCAGCAAGGACACAGAAACUCGAUGAGAAGAGGAAGAAAGUAAAGCUUGAUCUUGAGGCCAGAGAACGGGAAGCCCAGUCCCAGGAGAACGAAGAGGAGGAGAUCAGGAUAACCAGAUCAUUAGAAGAAGAAAUAAUCCGCCUGCGGGAGGAGGGCUCCCGGCAGCUGGAGGAGCAGCAGAGGCUGGUCAGGGAGCAGAUCCGCCGGGAGAGGGAGCAGCACAGCCGAGGCAAGCAGGAAAGAAAUGGAGCAGAAGGCAAAAUAACUCCUAAGCUCAAGCUCAGGUGGAAAUGCAGGAAGGAAGAUGAGACUGGAGGGGGAUACUCCAAAGAUGUGCUGCUGCAGAUCCUGCAAAAGUAUGGUGAUGUGCUCAAUUUGUUGAUCUCCAGCAGGAAGACUGGCAGUGCAGUGGUGGAAUUUGCCACGGUGAAGGCAGCUGAGAUGGCUGUGAAGAAUGAAGUUGGCCUGCUAAAUAACCCCCUGAAGAUUUCCUGGCUGGAGGGCCAGCCCCAGAGCCGCCCCAGCACCGUCCUCCCCGACAGCAGCAGCCAGCCCAGGAGCUCACAGGCGUCGGUGGUGUCGGAGCGGGACUACGAGAGCCUGGUGAUGAUGAGGAUGCGCCAGGCGGCCGAGAGGCAGCAGCUCAUCGAGCAGCUCCAGCGGGAAGACGAGGAGGAAAAGUCCCACACUUAGAAUGAGAGUAUGGAUUCUUCCCACCCCCCGUCCCCUCAGAGCUGUUUCUUUAUUUAAGUCAAUAAACCUCCUUUUUUCUAAA